GAGGAAGAAAUGAGGGGCAGGAGGUGCAGGUUGCCUGGGACUUGGGACCGUCACGGCAGGUGGCAGAGGGCCCUGGCACCCCUGGUUCUGGGGCAGUUCUGCCAGAGCCCUGCCCUCUUCACCUGGGCCCUGGGGAGAACACAGGCCCCACUUCUGGUGACCUUUAAUUAAGCCAGGGCUGAGAACCCUGACCCCUGCCACAGCAGAGCCACUUGGGAUUGGCUGGCAGGAUUCUGUGACAUCACAGUCACUGAGAAUUGUGCACUCUUGGUUGUCAGCAACCAGUGGCCAGUCGUGCAUCUACUGCCCAACUGACCAGAUGUUGGUAGCGUAGGCAGGAAGCACAUUUCAUAGAAUCUAAUGGAUACUCGAAGGAGAUUGGAUAUGGACGCCCUGAGGUCCGGCAGGGCCCAGGAGCGAGCAGGGAUCAUCUUGAAAUAUGAGCAGGGUCCCCGUAAAGGGCCCCAGUUUCACCUGGGAGAAGAGGACGACGAGAGUGGAGCCCUCGUCCCAGACAAACUUGGCUUCCUGUGUAAGCAGAAGCCGCCCAGGCAUGGAUGCCUGGCAGUGCAAUGGCGUAAACAUCAAGAGGGCCGCCGACUGCAAAAAUGGAACAAGAUGCUGCGAAAUUUCACCAAGUACCGCAGCAGUGAGAAGUUCCACCGGAGAAUUGAGAAAGGCAUCCCCGCCCAGGUGCGCGGCAAGGUGUGGGCCAUGAUGCUCUCCGUGGAUACCCUGAAGGCCCAGAACCCUGGCAAAUUUGAGGAGAUGAAGGAACGGGCCAGGUUGUGCUCAGAUCAAGUCCAACAGAUCGAUGAAGAGGUAGCACGCACGUUCAGAAGUCACAUCAUGUUUCGAGAGCGAUACGGAGCUAAACAACGCUCCUUAUUUGAGGUGCUCCUCGCAUACUCGAUGUACAACCCCGAAUUGGGCUACAGCCAGGGCCUAAGCCACGUGGCAGCCCUGCUGCUGAUGUGGCUGAGUGAAGAGGAUGCUUUCUGGGCCCUAGUCCAGCUCAUGGGGGACAGCCAGCACGCGAUGCAUGAUUUCUACACACCAGACUCCCCAAAACUGGAGCAAUUCCAGCACCAACUGGGAGCUAUCAUGCGUCGCGUGCUCCCCUCCCUGGAGAAACACCUGGAGAAGGAGGGUGUGUGCCUGGAGGACUACACCGCACACUGGUACAUCCAGUGCUUCCUGGAUGGGGUGCCGUUCCCCCUGGCACUUCGGAUGUUCGACAUUUACAUCCUUGAGGGCGCGCACGUACUCACCGGCAUGGUGUACACCGUCCUCAAGGUCCACCGAAAGCGCCUGCUGAAGAUGUCCAGGGACCACAUCCGGGAGUUCCUGCAGGUGACCCUGAAGCAGGCCUGGUCACUGAGCGAGGAUGCGGUCAUCAGGCAGCUGCGGGCCUCCAUGCGUGAGCUGGGGAAGCUCCAGUGCCUCCUGCCUCCCGAAGAAAAGCCAACCGAAGAUGGCAGCCAGACCCUGCAGGUGCCACCUGGCUCUCAGGAGCGCGCUCCCCCACCAGUGUCCAUCAAGACCAUCGUUGAGCGCAAAGUCUGUCACCCUGCUGCUGCAGCUCCCCAGGAGCCAGCGGAGGCUUCAGCUUCUGUCCCCGGGGAGACCGGUCCUCUCGGAUUUGCUGUCCAGGCGGAAACCAAGCAACACACCAAGGAGGAGAAGGGCAGUCGUGGCGAGAGCACCACCCAGCGCCACGGCCAGGGCUCCUCCAUGGGGGCCUCAGGGUCAGGGGGCGCCGCCCACCUCUCGGGCCCACAGUGCUCCUGGCUGGACGAGCCAGGCCCCCUCCGGCGCUGGACUUCCCUGACCAAACUCAACGUGACCUUCCAAGAUGACUCCGACUCUGAGGACGAGGAGGACUACAGCGGCCUGGAGAAGCAGGAAGAGGACGAAGAGGAGGAGGAAGAGGAGGAAGACCAGGCUGCUGAGUGUCCUGCGUCUCCCUGGCCAAAGCUGCUUCGGGACCUGAGAUUCGUCCUGCCCGAGACAAUUUUUGAAGAGGACGAGGAGGGAGGCUGUGAAGAGGGUGCCUCCCCAGAGCCCUCGUCCCCAGCCCUGUCUGUGAAGUCCUCAGAGUCUCUGCGUGGCCUGGGCCUCUCGGCCCCACAGAGCUUGCAGAGCAGGGGAGACCUGUCCCGAUGGGCGGGCCUCCCAAAUCUCAGCCCGCCUGUCAAAGGCGCUAAUUUCUGGCCCCUGGAGCUGGGUGGCCAGCAGGGUCUCAGGGCCCCUCCCCCACCUGCCUCAGAGCCCCUGGAUCCCGGGCCCAUGCAGGCUGUACCAGCCCUGGGAGCAGGGCUGAAGACACCCUGCCUGCAUGGGAGCCCCAUGCACUCUGGGGACAGGCUGGAGCCUGCAGGAGCCAGCUCUGCACUGGGAGACCAGGCGCAUGUGCCCAGCCUGGCUCGAGGCCUCCUUGCUGCCCACUCCAUGGAGGAGCUGGAUGUGUGUGGGCACCUGGAUGGGAAGAACAGCCCACCAGGUGUCCAGCUCAGACGGGCCAGAAGCUUAGCCUGUCUAAGCACAGCGGCCUCCCCGAUGGACAAGGCUCCUCUCUGGAGCUCCUCUCCCCCAUCCUGAGGCCUCACCCAUGCUCAUCUCGGCCAAGGAGGCUAGCUUGUCUAUGCCCGCCGGCCUCCCUGAUGGUCAAGGCUCCUCUCUGGAGCUCCUCUCUCCCUCCCUGAGCUGCCUCACCCUAGCUCAACUAGGCCAGCAUCUAGCUUCUCUAUGCCUGGUGGCCUCCCGAAUUGACAAGGCUCCUCCUCUCUGGAGUUCCUCUCCCCCUCCCUGAGCAGCCUCACCCUAGCUCAUCUCGGCCAGCAUCUAGCUUCUCUAUGCCUGGUGGCCUCCCGAAUUGACAAGGCUCCUCCUCUCUGGAGUUCCUCUCCCCCUCCCUGAGCAGCCUCACCCUAGCUCAUCUCGGCCAGAAUCUAGCUUCUCUAUGCCCAGCGGCCUCCCCGAUUGACAAGGCUCCUCUCUGGAGCUCCUCUCCCCCUCCCUGAGCGGCCUCACCCCAAGCCAGCCCACUGCCACAGUUGCUAUGGGCACCCUCAGAGCAGGAGAUGAUGUAGGACAUGAACCCAGGCACCUGUGGGCUGCCACAUACCCCUCCCGCCUUCGUGAGGGAACCCGGGAACUUCUGCCCCUUGUUGAUUGUGCAUUAAAUUGUUUCAGAAUGCAUCUGAUUUUGUGACCCCUGGAGCCGAGCUGCCACACAGGGUCCCUGAGUCCCUUGCAAGAGGCUGGAGGUGCCACAGCCUCCAGAUGCAGUCAGAGACCCUGCUCAGGGUGCUCCAUCACUUCCUGAGAUUGACCUGUGCCCAGCGUGGACCAGGGGAGGACCAGAGGAGCAGCAAUGGCUGGGUACAUGUGGCCUUUGGGACAGUUCAGGAGUGUGGGCCCAGCCAAGGGACCAGGCCCAUGAUCACCUCUGUGCACUGUCCUGGGUGUGGGGGCACCAGGUUCCCACUCUUCUUCCCUCUUUGCCUUCUAUCCUCCCUGCCCCAUCUCACAAUCCAGCAUCUCAUGGCCUGAGCCUUCAAGAGGACCCCAGGGCACUUCUGACCACAGACCAGGAUGCCAGUGGGUGGAGGCAGCCCCAGAAUGUCCAGGUGGUCCUGGUGGCACACCUAGCUGGUCAGAUGCCCACAUGCCCUCUAGCAGCUCAGGCCUCCUGGGCUGCUGUCACAGUGGGUUCAGCUUCUCCAGGUCAUGCUGUCACUAGGGGUCAUUAGCAUGGAGAAUGUGUCCCCUGAUGUUGGGAGAAGAGACUCCUGGCUCAGAGGCUCCUGGCCUGGAGGCUCCACAGGGAAGGAGUCUGGAACCCUACCUUGG